AUGUUGAGAGGAUUAAGAAAGAAAGCUUCAAUACUCUCAUUGACUUCUACUACAUCAGAUGAAGGAGAUUCUCCUAAGUAUGAUAAGAUCUUGAAACAAGUUCAUGAUUUCGAAGUAGCUUUAAAAGCAAUGGAUUAUUUAUUAGAUGAUAGAACACCCGAGGGAACUGAUUUGUUGAAGAGAAAAUUGAAAGAACAUCAAAAUUCUAAAUCUGAUCAACCCGUGGGGAUCUUCCAUUUGGCUUUGGGAGUUAUGGAAUUCUUGGAAGCAACUUUAGGGUUUGAACCUGAAAUAAUGGCAAAAGCUCACAAGACCUUAUCAGAAGCUGAAAAUUCAUCAUUAGAGAAUUCAAAAUAUAAUACUAAACAUCAUUUAGUGACAUCUCAUAUAUAUCCUCCUGGGACUGAAUUCCAAGUGACAAAUGCUGAGUCCACUUUAUUGAAUGCUUUAGUGAUGUUAUUACAAGAAAAUAAUGGUGUGAUGGAAAGUGCCAAAGCUUUAUAUAAAUUAAGAAAAGCUUAUCAUACUUUAGAUUCUGUUCAUAAAAAGAUUAAAGAACUGGAGCCAGUAUUCAAUAAGAAUAUAGCUAAGUUGAAGAAAACAUCAUUGAAAUCGAACUUGAGUGUUAGUUCAGUUGAUUUACCAGGUUAUACUGGUUUAGAUAAUUCUUCAAUUAGUUCAAGCACAUCAUCAUUACCUCAGGAUUUGAAACUCAUCAAAGAUUUAGAAAAUGUGUUCCAAAUGAGAAAAUCAAGAAUCGAAGGUACAAAUAUUGGUAAUUCUAUUGAUCCUCAAAAGGUUAACUUAUUUGCUGAUAGUACUUCAUCCUUUACAAUUUCUAGAAAAGGUAGUGCAUUAUUUGAUAAAGGAAGAUCAAAUUCUCCUUUACCUCCUAAAAUCUCAAUUCCUAAAGAGAAGACCCCACCAACGAAACCAGAGAGAGAUAUCGAUGAAGAUGAUGAAGAUGAAUUCUCUGAUGCUUUUGAAACUUUGAAUGAAUCAGAAUUAACAGGUUCAAUUGCUGAUACUUCAAAUGUUUCCAUCCUUACUGGAUCUUCAGUCGAUGAUUCAUCUAAUUAUUUACAUGUCUCAACUGUUGAUGAAUUCAUUCAUAGUGGUGUACAACUUUGUUUUGGUAUUUUACAAGUUGUCCUUUCAUUGAUACCUCCAGCAAUUGGUAGAGUAUUAUCAAUCGUUGGAUUCAAAGGUGAUAGAGAUGUUGGUUUGAAGUUACUUUGGAAAAAUGCUAUAACUUGCCGUAAUAUUCAUGGAGACUUAGCUUUGUUAUGUCUUUUAAUAUUUUAUGAUGGUCCUGUUCAAUUUGUUGAUUCAGGUUUUCAAUUACCUGAAAAUGCUAGUGAAAACAUUUCUUCGAUAAUGGAUCUUAGUUCAAGAACUACAAUUUCUGAUUCAGAAUUGGAUAAAAUUUUACAAAACCCCGAUAUCUAUAUUCCUCAAGUAUUAUCCAAAGUUAGAGCCAUAUUUCCCCAUAAUGCAUUAUGGGUUUUGCAAGAAGGAAGAGUUUUAGCAUCUCACGGUCAAUCAGAUAAAGCUGUUCAAAUGAUGCAAGAAUUCACCGAUGAUCCAGACACUAAGAUUCAAAUGCAACAAUCUGAAGCUUUAUUAAUAUUCGAUAGAGCUACUUUGUAUUCAUUCAAUCAUAGAUUUGAUGAAGCAGCUGAAGAUUUCAUCAAAUUAAUUGAUUUGAAUUCUUGGUGUAGAUCAGCUUAUUUAUAUAUGGCAGGUGGAUGUUAUGUUGCCAAAUAUAGAAUGAUAAAGUUAGGUAUGAUCAAAUAUGAUACCGAAGAAUUAAAGGAGCAAGCAUUGAAAGAAUAUGCUGAAAAAGCCGAGAAAUAUAUUAAAUUAGCACCAACUUAUGUUCCAAAUCAUGGUGUCAAUGCUACUAAUAGAAAAGGAGGUAUUGGUGGUGGUAAUAAACAAUUACCUUUUGAUAAAUUUGUAUUAAGAAAGACCAAACAACUUGAAGAACGUCAAGCUAAAUAUCCUAAUUUACCAUUUAUUGACACCAUUGCUACAUCACCAAUUCAUGAGUUGAUAUAUUUCUGGAAUGGUUAUAAUAGAUUAACCAAAGAACAAUUAGAAAUGUCAUUAGAAAUCUUAAGUUAUAGUGGAGCUGCAAAUUCUGAACAUUCUGCUAACACCGAUGAUUUCAAUUAUAUGCAUAUUACUGAAACAAAAGAUGAAGCUAUGAUUAGAUAUUUUUAUCAAUCAAUUAUUCUUAGAUCUUUAGGGAAAGUAAAAGAAGGGUUGAACCUUUUAGAUACCAAAGUAUGUUGUCAAUUUGUUACUUCAGAUAAUCCUUUUAAAUUUACAAGAUUAAAUUAUAGUCCUUAUUUAUGUCCAACAGUUUUAUAUGAGAAAGCCAUGUUCGUUUGGUUAUUGAAAACUUCCCAACCAGGAUUUGAUGUCAAAUCAGUAGUUGAAGAAACGAAAAAUUGGUUAAAGAAAGCCAAUAUGGUUAGUGAUGUAGGAGAUUAUGAAUUAAGUAAUAGAACAAAUAUGAGAAUUAAGGCUGCUACUGAAAAAGUUGAUCAAAUUGGUAAUUUUUAA